ACGGAGCAGACGCGAGCGAGGGCUUUCGCCCACCUCUGCUGCUGGCUGGCCUGAGGGACGCGACCGCGGAGGUGGUGAGGGGCUGCCAGGCCCCACAGCCCCGGGGGCGGCCGGACUGCAAGGGCGGCGGGGUCGGUGGGCAGAUCGAAUCCGCUGGAUUCAAUCUCUGCCCGCCCCGAUAGAUGUCCCCUUUCCCUGGCGCUCGCUUCGUUCCUGGUGCCGGGCUGGGCGCCUCACCACCGUCAUCAUCCUUUUGAUCCCUCUUUUGGACUCCGAGACCGUUUCAGAGAUGUCUACCAAAAGUACCAAAGAUUUAAUUAAAAGUAAGUGGGUAUCAAAGCCUAGUAACUCCAAAUCCGAAACUGCAUUGCAGAGAUUCAAGGGAGAAAUUGCAGCCUUAAAAACAUCGGUAGAUGAAAUCACGAGCGGAAAAGGAAAGCUGACUGAUAAAGAGAGACAAAGACUUUUGGAGAAAAUUCGAGUCCUUGAAGCAGAGAGCGAGAAGAAUGCUUUUCACCUCACAGAGAAGGACAAAGAAAUACAGCGACUCAGAGACCAGCUGAAGGCCAGAUACAGCACUACUGCACUGCUUGAACAGCUGGAAGAAAAAACAAAGGAAGGUGAAAGGAGGGAGCAAUUGUUGAAAUCCUUAUCUGAAGAGACAGAAGUAUUGAAAAAACAGUUGUCUGCUGCGACAGCAAGACUUGCUGAACUUGAAAGCAAAGCCAGUUCACUUCAUUUAUCACAGACUGUGGCUGCAAACUCCUUCAACUCAUCAGUGAGUAAUAUUCAUGACAUAGAAAUACAGCUGAAAGAUGCGCUGGAGAAAAAUCAGCAGUGGCUUGUGUAUGAUCAGCAGCGAGAGGUCUACGUGAAAGGACUUUUGGCAAAGAUCUUUGAAUUGGAAAAGAAAACGGAAACAGCUGCUCAUUCACUCCCACAGCAGACCAAAAAGGCUGAAUCAGAAGGUUAUCUUCAAGAAGAGAAGCAAAAAUACUACACCCAUCUCUUGGCAAAUGCCAAAAAAGAUCUUGAGGUUGAACGACAAACCGUAACUCAGUUGAGUUUUGAACUUAGUGAAUUUCGAAGAAAAUAUGAAGAAACCCAAAAAGAAGUUCAAGAUUUAAAUCAACUGUUGUGCUCGCAAAGAAAGGCAGAUGUACACCAUCUGGAAGAUGAUAGGCAUAAAACAGAGAAAAUACAAAGACUCAAGGAGGAGAAUGAUAUUGCUCGGGGAAAACUUGAAGAAGAGAAGAAGAGAUCUGAAGAGCUCUUAUCUCAGGUCCAGUUUCUUUACACGUCUCUGCUAAGGCAGCAAGAGGAACAAACACGGAUAGCUCUGUUGGAACAACAGAUGCAGGCAUGUGCUUUAGACUUUGAAAAUGAAAAACUUGACCGUCAAAAUAUGCAGCAUCAGUUGCAUGUAAUCCUUAAGGAGCUCCGAAAAGCAAGAAGUCAGAUAACCCAGUUAGAAUCCUUGAAGCAGCUUCGUGAAUUAGCCCUCACAGAGCCAUUAGUUGCUUUCCAAGGAGAGAAUGAAAACAGAGUAAAAAUUGCUUCACCAAAAAGUCCCACUGCUGCACUCAACGAAAGCCUGGUGGAAUGUCCCAAGUGCAAUAUACAGUAUCCAGCCACGGAACAUCGAGAUCUGCUUGUCCAUGUGGAAUACUGUUCAAAGUAGCAAAAUAAUUAUCCUUUGUUUUUGUGUCAAAAGAUUUAAUACUGUAUCUUAUGCUAGCUUAUGGACAUUUUGAAUUGCGUAUUUCGCCUUCUGUAUAAGAAACUGCCUAUCUGCCUUUGACACUCUGGCAUAUGAGCACGUCAUUGGAUUUUUUAUUCUGCUUUGCAUUUUCCUUGGCAGUGAUACCUCCCUGAGAUGGUUCAUCAUCAGGCUGCAAUGACAGAAUGUGGUGAGCACUGUGUACUGAAGCGACUCACAUUUUGCACUGUUAAAGUACUUGAUGAAGAAAAGAUAGUUCAGGUUAUUGCUUAUGGGUUAUUGCAUAGGCAAGCAAAUAUUUUAUGUUUUGUGGCUUUUAAAAAAUCAAAGGUAAUUAACCAAGAAUUUUACUGUGUUUGCAUUUUUUAUUCAAGCACUUAGUAAACCUACAAUUCUGAUUUUGAUGUCCAUUGUUCAAAGGUGAUACUAUUUGCAUUUUGUUUUCCUUGCUGUUGUAGAACGGUUAUGAGAAAAGUUGGGAAUUUUCUUGAUCUUUACUGCUGCUUACUGUUGAAACUAAGGCCAGCUGUGUUCUAAGCACAAAGCAGAUUGUAUUUGAGGAAUACUCUUAAGUUGCCAUACACAAUGUUUUCUCUCACAUUAUCUGGCUAUCACUUUAACUUGAAUUUCAUUAACACAUGUCGGUUAGCUAAAAUUGUUAAAAUGAAUUUUAACAAAACCAUCUACCCUCUUGUUUGGUUUACAGUAUUUUAUUUAUUUUUGGCACUCUUAAAGCUGGGCAAUGUAAUUAUCAGAUAUUUGUUUAUCUGAGUAGAUAUUUUUGUACAUGCUUUGUGUAAACCAAAAUUUUUUUUAUUUUUUCAUGUUUUCUAACAUCUUAACACUGGGCUACUGUUAGUAAUAUAAAGGAGAAAAGAAUAAAAUUAUUUGAUGUUUUAA